AAAUCGAGUGAUAGUGCCAAUGUCUCUUCGCGGAAAAGUGCUAUCGCUGUUGCACGAAGGCCAUCCUGGAAUGGCACGUAUGAAAAUGCUGUCUAGAGGCCACAUGUGGUGGCCCCGCCUUACGCAAGACGUUGAACAAACAGUGAAAUUAUGUGUCACAUGCCAGUUGACCGAAAAUGUGGCACCCAAGGUUCCUGUAAUGUCGUGGGGAGUGUCUAGGCGCCGGUGGGAGCGUGUGCACUGGGAUUUUGCUCAUCGUGAUCAGCAUUGGUUUCUAGUGCUAGUUGACUCCUAUUCAAAGUGGGUUGAAAUGUUUGUCACGAAGUCAACUAGUAGUGAAAAGACAAUAGAGAAACUGCGCACAGUAUUUGCCGCGUAUGGGUUACCGGAAGAAGUGGUAACCGACAAUGGCUCACAGUUUACAUCGGCCCUUUUCGAGACAUUCAUGAGACGGAAUGGCAUUCGGCACACUAAAUCGCCUCCUUAUCACCCGGCAUCAAAUGGCUGCGCGGAGCGUUGUGUACAGACUUUAAAAAAAAUUUUUAAGCAGGUCAUGGACGAACAAAGAAAUGGGCAGAUGAAGUCUCUCCAGCACCGGAUCGACCAGUUCCUAUUCAACUAUAGGAACACGCCAACGGGGGUCACUGAAGACACACCGGCCCAGCUAUUCUUAUCGUGCAAACCGAGGACAAGGUUGAGCCUUCUCCAUCCGGAUAUCGAGCGAAGGAUGAAAGAAAAACUUGAGCGAACAAAGCAGUCGGCAAAUCAGCGCCGAGGUGCGUGGAGGAACUUCGAAGAAGGCGAAGGUGUCCUUGGACAGGGUCUACGCCCCGGGGAAGGGGAGUGGUUGAGUGGCAAGGUAAACAAACGUGUGAGUUCAAGCACUUAUGUGGUCGGGAUAGGGAACGAAGAGCGGUACUUUCACGUGGAUAAUCUGCGACCGCGAACAUUCCAGGAGUGCUUCCCGCAAUCGGUUCAUGCGCCAUCCCCAAACCUCGUACCGCCAGCAUGCAGCCAACACAUUGUGUCUCGUAGGUCGCAAGGUGCACACCCUGUAAACGAUAGCGGUGCGCGAGAGACGGUUCAUGCGCCGUCUCCAAACACCGAACCGCCAGCCGAUAGCCAAGACAUUGUGUCUCACAGGUCUUUAGGGGCACACCCUGUAAAAGACGACGGGGAGCGAAAGGCGCCUGACACCGGUCAAGUAGGUGAACAGGCAGUAGCUGCCAACAAAGAACAUGCCACCCCUCCGGACCCAUCGUCUGCAGGCAGGGAGUUCAGCGGUAGCGCAUCGCCAUCUUCCCAACCGGAGCUUCGACGCAGCACCCGGCAAAGACAGCCGCCCGACCGCUACUAA